GGUCACAGUCCGACCCGCUGGGCGCGAGGAUACAGCACGGUCACCUUCGACGGGACGCCCAGCUACGGUCACACGCCCUCACACCACGCGGCUCAGUUCCCCAAUCACUCCUUCAAGCACGAGGACCCCAUGGGCCAGCAGGGCUCGCUGGGUGAACAGCAGUACUCCGUGCCGCCCCCAGUCUACGGCUGCCACACGCCCACCGACAGCUGCACAGGCAGCCAGGCCCUGCUGCUGAGGACGCCCUACAGCAGUGACAAUUUAUACCAAAUGACCUCCCAACUUGAAUGCAUGACCUGGAAUCAGAUGAACUUAGGAGCCACAUUAAAGGGAGUUGCUGCUGGGAGCUCCAGCUCAGUGAAAUGGACAGAAGGGCAGAGCAACCAUGGCACGGGGUACGAUAGUGAUAACCACACCACCCCCAUCCUCUGUGGUGCCCAGUACAGGAUACACACCCACGGCGUCUUCAGGGGCAUUCAGGACGUGCGGCGAGUGCCCGGAGUAGCCCCGACUCUUGUUCGGUCGGCAUCUGAGACCAGUGAGAAACGCCCCUUCAUGUGUGCUUACCCGGGCUGCAAUAAGAGAUAUUUUAAGCUGUCUCACUUACAGAUGCACAGCCGGAAGCACACUGGUGAGAAGCCAUACCAGUGUGACUUCAAGGACUGUGAGCGAAGGUUUUCUCGUUCAGACCAGCUCAAAAGACACCAAAGGAGACACACAGGUGUGAAACCAUUCCAGUGUAAAACUUGUCAGCGAAAGUUCUCCCGGUCUGACCAUCUGAAGACCCACACCAGGACUCAUACAGGUAAAACAAGUGAAAAGCCCUUCAGCUGUCGGUGGCCCAGUUGUCAGAAAAAGUUUGCCCGGUCAGACGAAUUAGUCCGCCAUCACAACAUGCACCAGAGAAACAUGAGCAAACUCCAGCUGGCGCUUUGAGGGGUCCACGCCAGGCACCGUUCUGUGUCUCAGGCAGGACUGUGUGUGAACUACCUUCAAAGCUGACUUUAAAAUUCCUCCUCACUCGCCUCUCUAAGAAGGAAACGGAGGUUGAUCUUCUUCAUCCAGCUUCCGAGAAAGAUGCCUGUACCACUGGAUCCUACCAGGUUUGCUCAGAGGAGUUGGUCUCUGCUUAGCCAACUUUUAGUUGACUCAUAAGGCUCUGGAGAAGUGGCUGUCAGCGUCCAGUUAGUUAAAAGCCCGUUGCCAUUUGGUCUGGAUUUUCCACUGUAAGAAGAGCCAUUGUUGGUAAUGUUCCCCCCUGCCCCUUCUCCCUUUACGCUCAUUUUCAUGAGGAAUGGAGUCAUUGUACCUUUUUCCAUCAUAGAAUAUUUAUAGGCCAGGGCAUGUGGAUGUGUCUGCUAAUGUAAACUUUGUCAUGGUUUCCAUUUACUAACAGCAACAGCAAGAAAUAAAUCAGAGAGCAAGGCACUGGGGGUGAGUCUCGUCCGACAUUCCGGAGCUUAGGCAGGCUGCUAACCUGGAAAGCAGGAUGUAGCGCCACCAGGCAACUUUUAAAACUCAAGCAUUUCAAGCAGCUGAAAAAAGAAUCAGAACUAACCAGUACCUCUGCAGAGAUAUCUAAAAGAAUCUUAUCAUUCAGUUAAUUCAAUGUUAACAUUAGCACAAUGCUCUUAAGAAACCGUGCUUGAGGAUCUGAGAUUUUGUUUUUGUGUUUCUUUUUGACUUUUUUGAGUUGUAAUCAUAUGCAUCUUCAGAGAUGUACGUGUCUCCUCACACAAAGGAAGUGGAAUUCAUUUUUAUCAUUUGGGGUGUCCUUAAGAGUGUACAGACCACACUGGUUAUGUGGAUUCAAGUUGUAAAAAUUAAAGUGACUCUAAAAGAAAAUAAGGGCUGGUCCGGGAUCUCCACUGAUAAGACUGUUCUUUAGUAACUUAAGUAACUUUGGGUCUACAAGUAUAUGUGAAAAAAAAUGAGACUUACUAGUGUGAGGAAAUCCAUUGUUUAAAGGUGGUUGGGUGUAUGUGUGUGUUUUGUUUUUGUUUUUUAAGGGAGGGAGUUUAUUAUUUACUGUUGCUUGAAAUUAUUGUGUAAAUAUAUAUAUCUGAUAAUGAUUUGCUCUUUGACAACUAAAGUUAGGAAAUGUAUAAAUGUUAGAUGCAUCACUGUUUUGGUGUUGAUCUUCCAACGUAUACCACUAAGUAACACUAAAAAUGUAACCUGCAUUUUUCACUUCGCUCUCAAUUAAAGUCUAUUCAAAAGGAAA